GGAGGGUGAAGAUACCAGCUGCUCUGAGAACAUCAGUGUUUCUGUGUGGAAUAUGAUCAUUCACUGGCUCUGUAUUUCAAAGGAAUGAGACUGACGUUCAUCUGCACAUUAUGGGAGUUUCUUUUACUCUGAAUGCUGAAGCACUAGCGAGGGGUGAUGGGAGCGACUGAGUGUUUACAGUUGACAGCUGACAUCAGAUGGAGGGAUGGCACGAUUGAGAGCGAAACCGUCAAUGAAUAGACCUCCUGAGCACGCUGGAUGCCCGACACACUCACCGGCUGCUGUGGGACGUUCUCUCAGGUCACUAUCGCUCUCCUCCAGCUGUCGUCCUAAAUUAGCUGAGCUCUGUGAAAGGAGAGCCGUUUCAACUGACCCCUUCUGCUCCUUGAAGCUCCAGCCGUCCGUGACACCCAAAUGCUGCCUGUCUUUCAUCAAACUGGUCACUCCUGGAGAAAAAUGGACUUUGAGUGAAGGGCGGCCCUUUAUGUGGGCUGACUCCGUCUAGGACAACUCUGAAACUAGUUGAGACUCAAAUGGGUGACCUAUGACAAUGUAAUCAAUAAGGAGACUUGAGUUCUCACUUUCCCAAGCAGCUGCAAGCAGGAUAUGAGCUUGAGCCGUGGGUAUCGACGAUAAAACGAACCUUCCGUCGCUUGAGGCCUCCUCUAACGUCAUGCAGUCAUCUGAGGAAUUGUUUAGCAGGAAGCUGAAAGCAUUGAAUGGGAGUAUGGGACAUCCUGCGGGCAACACGCAGGGCAAGCUGGACGGGGGUGGCAAGACGAACGGGACACCUGCUAUGCCUAAAAUGGGGGUGCGGGCCAGGGUGACGGACUGGCCCCCAAAAAAGGAGGGUUGGGGACCCAACUACGAGACCGUAAUCACGGCCUUUCAGAACGGACAGCCAGACCAAAGUGUGGAGAUCACGGAUUUGGGCGAAGCUCCUUUGGAGCCUGAUUAUUCGGAUACAAAAUAUUCCUUGAGUGACCUUUUGAGUCGAUCCCCUUUGAAGGGACUCCAUCCCAUUCGCCAACGGAGUAACAGUGAUGUGACCAUCAGCGACAUUGAUGCGGAGGACAUAAUGGACCAGAACGCUGUCAACCCCAACACCGGCGCCUCGUUGCAUCGGGAGUACGGCAGCACGUCUUCGAUUGACCGCCAGGGUCUUGGGAACGAUGGGUUCUUUACUAUGUUGCGAGGAUAUCGGAUUGACAGCUUGGACCAUCGCAGUGCUCCGCCUGCUGGGUUCCCAGAGCUCCUUCGCUACGACACAACCCUCUCCCCAAGCUUGCAGACCGCUGCACAAAUAGCCCGCGGCGAGAUCGUCCGCAUCUCCGGCUACGACUACGUGGACAGCUCCCUCCUCUACAGCCGAGAAAGAGAGAAGUCCUUCAUGCAUCGUCUCAAGUCGGAAUCAUCCGAAACAUCGCUGUUUAGGAAACUGAGGACUAUUAAGAGCGAGAAUGACGGUCUGCGGCUCUCAACCGAGCAGGACGACCGCCGGCCGCUCAGUUUCCAGAAGUGCUUCGCUCACUAUGACGUCCAGAGCGUCCUCUUUAACAUCAGCGAAGCAGUAGCCAAUCGCGUAAGCCUCAGCCAGAGGAAGAACACCACCACCGGAGCUUCUGCUGCCUCCCAAUACCAUGUCCCAGGAGGUGGACAAGUGGCUGGGAAUACAACUGGACCUGCAUCCAUGUUCGAAUCGCCACUCGGAAGUCGGGAAGACCUCAAUCCCAAGGAGAACCUGGAUGCAGAUGAGGGGGAUGGGAAGAGCAAUGGAUUGGUGCUGAGUUGCACGCAUUUUCGCAAUGAGAUUGGUGGAGAAGGGGAGAGGAGGAUAUCUCUAUCCAGGGCCAACAACGCCAACUACAGCGCUGCAGGAGAAAACUGCUCAUUCGAGUCCUCCUUGAGCUCCCACUGUACUAAUGCUGGCGUGUCUGUACUGGAGGUGCCACGAGAAAGCCAGCCAAUCCACCGUGAAAAGGUCAAGCGGUACAUCAUCGAGCACAUCGACCUCGGAGCGUAUUAUUACCACAAAUACUUCUAUGGGAGAGAGCACCAGAACUACUUCGGCGUGGAUGAGAACUUGGGUCCGGUGGCCAUCAGUGUACGGAGAGAAAAGCUGGACGAUGGGAAAGACAAGGAUGCGGCGCAGUAUAACUACCGCGUCACCUUCAGGACGAGUCAGUUAACUACCCUGCGCGGGGCAAUUCUGGAGGAUGCUGUGCCCUCCACGGCGAGGCACGGGACGGCCCGCGGUCUCCCGCUGAAGGAGGUGCUGGAGUACGUGGUUCCCGAGCUGAACAUCCAGUGCCUCCGACUGGCCAUCAGCUCACCCAGAGUCCCGGAGCAGCUCCUCAAACUGGACGAGCAGGGGCUGAGUUUCCAGCACAAAGUGGGCGUCCUGUACUGUAAAGCGGGUCAGAGCACAGAGGAGGAGAUGUACAAUAACGAGAAUGCCGGCCCGGCGCUGGACGAGUUCCUGGAUCUGCUCGGUCAGAGAGUCCGGCUGAAGGGCUUCACCAAGUACCGAGCUCAGCUGGACAACAAGACGGACUCCACUGGCACUCACUCGCUCUACACCACCUACAAGGACUAUGAGCUGAUGUUCCACGUGUCCACGCUCCUGCCCUACACUCCCAACAACAGACAGCAGUUGCUCAGAAAGAGACACAUAGGAAAUGACAUCGUCACCAUCGUGUUUCAGGAGCCCGGUGCCUUGCCUUUCACACCCAAAAACAUCCGCUCCCAUUUCCAGCAUGUGUUUGUCAUCGUUAAAGUUCACAAUCCGUGCACUGAGAACGUCUGCUACAGUGUUGCGGUAUCCAGAUCCAAAGACGUACCUCCAUUCGGCCCUCCCAUUCCUAAAGGCGUGACCUUUCCCAAGUCGGCUGUCUUCAGGGACUUCCUGCUGGCCAAGGUGAUCAACGGGGAAAACGCGGCGCACAAAUCAGAGAAGUUCCGCGCCAUGGCGACUCGCACGCGGCAGGAGUACCUCAAGGACCUCGCGGAGAACUUUGUGAGCACGACGACGGUGGACUCGGCGGUGAAGUUCAGCUUCAUCACACUGGGGGCCAAGAAGAAGGAGCGGGUGAAGCCACGGAAGGACGCCCAUCUCCAGAGCGUGGGCGCCGUCACGUGGAGCGUGGUGGCGCGGGAUUUCGGCCAGUCGGCGGAUGUGGAGUGCCUGCUGGGGAUUUCCAACGAGUUCAUCGUGCUGAUCGAGGAGGAGUCCAAGAACGUUAUUUUUAACUGCUCCUGUCGGGACGUCAUAGGCUGGUCGUCCGGCGUCAUGAGCAUCAAGAUCUUCUAUGAACGUGGGGAGUGCGUGAUGUUUUCCGCGCAUGACAACUGUGGAGAGGACAUUCGAGAGAUCGUGCAAAGACUUGAGAUGGUCACGCGUGGCUGUGAGACCACAGAAAUGACCUUGCGCAGGAACGGUCUCGGUCAGCUCGGCUUCCACGUUAACUUCGAGGGCAUCGUGGCUGAUGUGGAGCCGUUCGGAUACGCCUGGAAGGCCGGUUUGCGGCAGGGCAGCCGGCUGGUGGAGAUCUGUAAGGUGGCGGUGGCCACGCUGACCCACGAGCAGAUGAUCGACCUGCUGCGCACCUCCAUCACCGUCAAGGUGGUCAUUAUCCAGCCGUAUGAGGACGGAGCUCCCAGAAGGGGAUGUUCAGAGCUCUACCGCAUCCCUAUGGUGGAGUAUAAGCUGGACAGCGAAGGAACGCCCUGCGAGUACAAGACGCCCUUCAAGAGAAACACCACCUGGCACCGUGUGCCCACCAGCGGCCAGCCUCUUCCCCGUGGAUCCCCCACGCAGGGUCCCGAUCGCAUGCCGUGCCAGCAGGUCCUCCAGCACGCUCAGACCGCCAUCCCACGCAGCACCUCUUUCGACAGGAAGCUGCCGGAUGGACCCAGGAACAUUCAGGAUGUUGAGAAGCCUCAGAUCUCGUCCUGCACUAAAGGAGACGCGUCCCAACACUACCGCAGCUCACCCAGUAACCAGUCGUCCUCCAGCGACCCGGGACCCUGCGCAAGCGCCAGCUGGAACCAGCAGCCGGGAUACGACGGGUGUCAGUCUCCUGAGCUCCACGAGCGCUCGGCUGAAGCCCAGGGCAUGCUGGGAGACGGGGAGAUGCUGCGGGAGAGAGAGCCGACGCUGGAGAGGACCCGCUCUGCAGAGGCGAAGUGGCACGUCCCUUCCACCAAGAUCCUCAAUUCCUUGAAGGAAAGAGGCAAGGAUUCACCAAACAAGUUGACGCGGCAGGGCGGCGAUAAGAACUCCAGCCACUCCAGCAGUAACACUCUGUCCAGCAACGCCUCCAGCAGUAACAGUGAUGAGAAGCACUUUGGCUCCGGGGACCUGAUGGAUCCAGAGAUGCUGGGUCUCACCUAUAUUAAAGGAGCCUCCACAGACAGCGGCAUUGACACCGCGCCCUGUAGCAUGACCCCGGGGGCCGCCGGUGCGUCUGUUUCCCGCGUCAUGCUCCAGGGCCGUGGGGUGUCUGAUCCAGGACACCCAUGGACACCGGAGCUGGCGGAAGAAGGGUCCACAGAGGAGGACCACGGCAGGUUGUACCUUCCCCAGAGCUACGCCGCAGCCCUGGCCACCGGACAUGCGCCUGCGGACGGGAGUAUGGGAGACCUGAGCGAGAUCUCAUCUCAUUCUAGUGGCUCCCACCACUCCAGCAGCCCCUUACCCCACAGCUUCAAGCACAUGUCCUCUCCAGAACCUUCCAGAACCCAGGCAGUCCCCCACAGUAGCCAGGAGCCAGGGCCCAGCACUGAUGCGCACACACAAAGCUGUGGGAGGUCCGAUGACAAAUCGAUCCCGGACGAGCCCCUGAUUCAGUCCGAGUGUGGGCAGCUGUACGCCGCAGAGCCGUCCUGUCGGCUGCAGGACCGAGGACGGGACAAGCUGAAGGACGGAGGUCUGCAGCCCAACAUGUCUAAAGAGGAGUACAUGAAGAUGAUGCUGCCAGAAAGCCCUCCUGGAGAGAGCGGCCACAGGAAGGCGUCUGCGGCGGGCAGCCUGUCCCCGCGGCGGUCGCUGUACCGGACUCUGUCGGAUGAGAGCGUGUGCAGUAACAGGAAGGGCUCGUCCUAUGCCAGCUCACGGAGCUCCAUGCUGGAUCAAGCCCUGCCCAACGACAUCCUGUUCAGCAGCACUCCACCCUACCACAGCACCCUGCCCCCCCGCAUCAGCCUCAGCCAGCCCACAUCCAACCUCAAGAAUGAGUUCUGGUUCUCUGACGGCUCGCUCGCCGACCGUUCGAAGUUCAGCGACCCGGGUCUCAUGCCUCUGCCAGACACCGCCACGGGCCUGGACUGGUCUCACCUCGUCGACGCCGCCAGAGCCUUUGAAGACCAGCGCGUGGCCUCGUUCUGCACCAUGACGGACAUGCAGAGAGCCGAAGCGCUGCAGAUCUCGCGUGAACUCACCAGACGCGUGGCGGCCGCUGAGGGAGCCGCACUGGAGGCCGGCGAUACGUCUCCAGCCACGCUGACGGGCAAAGUCAAUCAGCUGGAGGUCAUCCUGAGACAGCUGCAGUACGACUUGAAGAAGGAAAAGGAAGACAAGGCGAUCCUGCAGGUGGAGGUGCAGCAUCUGCGGCAGGACAACAUGCGUCUGCAGGAGGAGAGCCAGACGGCUGCCGCCCAGCUCAGGAAGUUCACCGAGUGGUUCUUCCACACCAUCGACAAGAAGCCUUGAUGGAGACUCAAAAACCACUGGAGAACUGUGGAGAAGCACUGGAGACUUUCAGAACUUCACGCCAUUGACCUACACUAGCAAAGCCCGAUUCCUACUGCAGUUCAAUCAGAUGUAGAAUGUAAGUAUAUUCUGGACUGAAGAAGCCACUUGUGUUGGUGUAGAUGAGCAGCGAAGACAACACGGAGGCAGGUUUAGCACAGAGAAUGUACUAAAUUAGCAACUAAAUGAUGUUUCUGGAGGUGGAUUAUGAAUGUAACACAUCAAGACUUUGGCGAGACGUUUCAUUUUCUGCCUCCGUUAUUGAAAGGUGCACUCAAACGGUGAAGUUCAGCGGGUCAGCGGUACCUUUUGAAUCAUUUCUGUCUACAGUCAUCAAGUUCUGGCAAUAAGAGUCAUGGAUUUCCCAAGCAAACACAAUGUGAAGAGUUCCUGAAGUUGUAAAUGUCGAGAUUGUGCCUCAAAGAAAAGCCGAAAUGAAGCAGGUGUGUGCAUAACGUGGCUUUCUGUUCCUGCCUCGUCUCGAAUCCGCGAUCACAUGCCAAAACUCUGUGUCCAUCUCUGUACAGAACCUCCAAUCAAGUGUCUUGUAUUUAACACUGUUAUUUAAGCUUAUUUAACCUAAAUUAGUUUAUUUUAUUAAAAUGAACGGCUUCUGGAGGGACGGCUGUAAGAAGGCCAUACUGUGACGGUUUUGCCGGGACUGUGUCUGAUACAUAGAUAUAUUGAGGAUUUGUCUUUUUUCCCCUCAUUCCAACAUUUGGAUGCUGCUAGAUAACACUUUGUUGGUUUCUAUGCUUUUACAAAUGUGAUUCUCUGUAAAUGUCAUGUAAGAUGGGACAUUGGUUGCUUUUUUUUUUUUUUUUUUAAUAAAUGUAGUAUGUAAAAUGAACCUGAUGCAUCAUCUUAAUAUUUCAGGUCCUAGGAAAAAAACAUUUAUGUGUUUAUAAGUGUGUGUGUGUGUACACCUGUUUUUAUAUCCUGGUGGGGGCUUAAACCUGAAUACACACAGACCCGUGGGGACUUAAAUUGAGGUCCCCACGGGGGAAACAAGCUAGUAAAUCAUACAGAAUGAGGUUUUUUGAAAAUCUACAAAUGCACAAAGUUUCCUGUGAGGGGUAGGUUUAGGUGUAGGGCAAUAGAAAAUACGGUUUAUACAGUAUAAAAAUCAUUACGUCUAUGGAGAGUCCCCACAAGGAUAGCAAACCAGACGUAUUUUAUUUUAUUUA